UUUCAAAAGCAAAGCUUUUUAUUGCAAGUAUUAGUGAAAGAUACACUCCAAACUGAAGCAAAGCAACACUAAAAUGCCAUUAAUCUACAAAGAGUAUUAAACAAAGAAAGACAUUUCAAGGUAAAAAGAAAGAUCCCUUGGUACAUUGGAGAGACUCUUUGCAAACACGGAGAGAAGGGAGGACAGAGCCACAGAGCUCCUGGUUAGAGACGAGAUACCGCUCGGAUAACAUGAGACAGGAACGGCUGUACUUUGGCUCUUUCACAUGCAUCAAAGACGGCAAAAAUAACACAAUGGAAGUCGUCUUCCAGUACGAAAAGACAUGAAAGGUAUUCGCUCACCAUUCAUCUUAGCGACAGAAAUGGAGAAUUGACAGACUCACCAUUCGUUUGCGUUUUAUGGUUCACAGUCCAUUUUUGGAAUGCUGGAGCUUGACAUUUCAGUAAACCGUUUUGUAAACAUUUUUAGGAAUCGACGUGCAUUCUGUCACUGAUUUUGGUGCAACUUCACAGGAGCUCGAUGCCUAUGUCCUCCUGGAAAGUGACAACACAACGAUUUCAAAUACAGACACGGGUCUCUCGCGUACAGACGUAUUGCCCUGCUCUUACCGGACUGGAAGCGAUUACAUUUGCACACAUCUGGACUUAUAAUCAUCGAACAAUUAGUGGUUUAAAAAGAGUACCAAGAUGCCACAAGGGAGUUAGUAUGCUUCUCUAUGCACAACUAAGGCGUUUGAUACAUAUUUCAAGUUGAAUAUGAAAACAAAAGAAAACAGUUAAGGCGGAGGCACAUAUAUAUAUAUAUAUAUAAAUCAGAGUGGAAUGGGACCCCCUCUCUUCCAAAGGCUCUGGCACGCAGACAAUUGAACUCAAAGCAAAUGACGAAGGACAAAUACCAUUAUCUGCUUGUUAACUUUUUAAAAAGCACCGGACACAUAAAAAAAAUUAAAUAAAAAAAACACCCUUCUUGUUCACCCACAAGUUGGGGAAACUUGUAUGGCUAAGAGUUUAGCAGCUGUAGAUGAAAAACGUCAGCUUAUUUAUUUAUUUUUUUUGGAAUAAAAGAACAACCAUGUCAGUGGGGUUGUCCCUCCCUUAAAGAGAUGAGAUGCAACGAGUAGGAUGCGUCGAGCCUCUUUGCUGGAGAGCUGAAGAAUGAGUUUUGGAUGUCAAAUGGUAGAUGAUCUCUAAAGACAAUUAGUCAAAGAUCCAAACAUCCCUUUCGGGUUGUGCCACCCCUGCCCACUCUGUGGUUGUGCUUGUGUGUGAGAGGAAGUCGAGGGUUGGUUGGCGAUGAGAGGCAGGCAUCCACACCCAGAAACCCCUGAACUCGACCCCCGUAACUCUGGACAACAAUGCGGAGACUCCAGCCACUUUAAGCAGUCCCUCAAUAAAUACACCAUUAAAUAUUUCCCAUAUAUAUUUCCAAUAUAUUAAAGGAAAAAAAAAACAUUUAAAUAGGACAACAAAAUAAAAGUUGGCUCAAUAGAGAAGAGAAACAAUAAGUGUUACGAUUUAAAAACAACUAUUAUUUUCUUAACAUUAGACUUCUUACUCUAAAAUUGUUAAAGAUAUUGUCAGGCAUUAGUCAAGCAUUUAUAUUAGACAAGUAAUAUUUUGGUGAAUCUCACAAAAGCACGCCCAGGUCACAUUUCACACCAAUAUCAAAAGAAAAUUAGAAAGAAAUUAAAAUUUUGCCCAAGACGAUUUUGUUUAAGCCCAUAACUGUUUUUUGCAUUGAGACAUUAUUUUUAUGACAAUCAAGCAAUUCUCAUUACUGUAAUGAGUCCGGACGAUUAACUGUUCAGUUUUGCCUUAAUUCGCAAUGCGGUUUGGAGGUUCAGUAUUACUGUAAUUUGCAUUAUUCUUAACGUCGAUUCUCAUUACUGUACUGCGUCCAGACGUUUUAAUGUUCAGGUUUUUUUCCGUAAGUCGCAUUAUUCUUAACGUCGAUUCUCAUUACUGUACUGCGUCCAGACGUUUUAAUGUUCAGGUUUUUUCCGUAAGUCGCAUUAUUCUUAACGUCGAUUCUCAUUACUGUACCAGACGUUUUAAUGUUCAGGUUUUUUCCGUAAGUCGCAUUAUUCUUAACAUCGAUUCUCAUUACUGUACUGCGUCCAGACGUUUUAAUGUUCAGGUUUUUUCCGUAAGUCGCAUUAUUCUUAACAUCGAUUCUCAUUACUGUACUGCGUCCAGACGUUUUAAUGUUCAGUUUUUUUCCAUGUGUCGCAUUAUUCUUAACGUCGAUUCUCAUUACUGUACUGCGUCCAGAUGUUUUAAUGUUCAGGUUUUUUCCGUAAGUCGCAUUAUUCUUAACGUCGAUUCUCAUUACUGUACUGCGUCCAGAUGUUUUAAUGUUCAGGUUUUUUCCGUAAGUCGCAUUAUUCUUAACGUCGAUUCUCAUUACUGUACUGCGUCCAGAUGUUUUAAUGUUCAGGUUUUUUCCAUGUGUCGCAUUAUUCUUAACGUCGAUUCUCAUUACUGUACCAGAUGUUUUAAUGUUCAGUUUUUUUCCGUAAGUCGCAUUAUUCUUAACGUCGAUUCUCAUUACUGUACCAGACGUUUUAAUGUUCAGGUUUUUUCCGUAAGUCGCAUUAUUCUUAACAUCGAUUCUCAUUACUGUACUGCGUCCAGACGUUUUAAUGUUCAGUUUUUUUCCGUAAGUCGCAUUAUUCUUAACAUCGAUUCUCAUUACUGUACCAGACGUUUUAAUGUUCAGGUUUUUUCCGUAAGUCGCAUUAUUCUUAACGUCGAUUCUCAUUACUGUACCAGACGUUUUAAUGUUCAGGUUUUUUCCGUAAGUCGCAUUAUUCUUAAUGUCGAUUCUCAUUACUGUACUGCAUCCAGACGUUUUAAUUUUCAGGUUUUUUUUCCCUUUCAGAUAAUUCAGCACCAUCAAGAGAAAAGGCACUUUCUACUUUGA